CACCCUCCCUGCCCCCAGCGCCAUCCCCGGGGAGGACCCCCAGGACAGCUACUGGGGCCCCUACCCUGCGUCCUGGGUCCCCAAGGCCUCAAGGGGCAACAUGUACACGCUGGCCGAGGUGGCCCCGGCAGAGAAGGCCUAUCAGACCACGUGCCAGCAGUUCCACGCCACGCUGGCCGAGGACAAGGCGCUGGUGCUGGCCGUCUACCGGGUCCGGAACGACUACCUGUGGCAGAAGUACUGUGGCCAGAAGCAGUUCAUGGCCCGCGGCCGGCGUGGGCGGAGGCGCCGCUUGGAGAUCCACCUCUUCCACGGCACCGUGCCCGACAAAGUGCGGCCCAUCUGCGAGAUGAACUUUGACCCCCGGGUCUCCGGGGAGAACGGCACGGCGUACGGGCAGGGCAGCUACUUCGCCGCGGCCGCCUCCUACUCCCACGGUUACGCCAGGAGGCGCUGGCAGAGCCCGUGGCCGUGA